AUGAUACACAAACGCGUUCUUACUGUUAUGGUUAUAACAUACUUCACCCAGGCUCUAGAUAAAGGGACCAUAAAUUUCGCCUCAAUCAUGGGCAUCCGUGAAGACACCAACCUUGUGGGCCAAGAGUACGCCUGGUUGACAACCUGUGUGUACAUUGCCAUCCUUGUGUGGGAGUUCCCUACCAACCGUCUUCUACAGCGCUUUCCAAUAGCCAAGUACCUGUCCUUCAAUAUAAUGGCAUGGGGCGUCGUCCUUGCCUGUACUGCUGCUUGCAAAAAUUUCGCUGGCCUCGUGGUUGUCCGAACGCUGUUGGGAAUUUUCGAGUGCAUCUGUCAACCAGCAUUUGUCUUCAUGUCAACUAUGUGGUACACGCGAGAAGAGCAGGCCUUGGUCAUCGGGUCCUUCUAUUCAAUGAACGGAUUCCAACAAUGCGUCGGUGGUCUCAUCGCCUAUGGUAUAGCUCAGCUACUUGGCUGCCUGACCUUUGUUUGGGGUCUCUUCGUUUUAUGGUGGCUUCCAGAUAGCCCUAUGCGAGCGAACUGCUUUUCUCCUGAGGACCGCUUGCUCAUGGUAGAGCGAGUGAGGAAGAACGAUACUGGCGUUCAAAAUAAGAAAUUUAAGAUGCACCAAGCUCGCGAAGCUCUACAGGACAUCACGGUGUGGGGCAUUGUGCUGAUUUCGUUUACCAAUGCGCUCCCCACAGGCGGAUUGGGAGCGUUUUCGAACAUCAUUCUUAAAGCUUUCGGGUUCACUCAACUUCAGACUUAUUUACUGGCGAUCGCUCAAGGUGUUAUCAUCAUGCUGUUUCUCUUCAGUGCUGCAUACCUUUCCAAGCAAUACAAUCAGAGACUGCUACUGGCAUUCAUCUACACAUUGCCGAACGUUGCAGGGACAAUCGUGUUUCUCUGUGUUCCAACUUCGGAGAAGACGAAAGUCGGAUUGUUAUUGGCCUUUUACUGCACGCAAGGAUUCGGGGCUGUGGCUGUUUUGAACCUCGCCGUCAUGUCUGGGAACGUGGCUGGGCGUACAAAACAAGCCGUUGCAUCAACGCUCGUAUUUGUCGCAUGGGCAGUAGGCAAUGCCGUUGGUCCUCAAGUGUUUCGCGAGACAGAAGCUCCGCGAUACGUCAAAGCCUUUGUUGCGCACAUCGUCAUGUACGGCAUCCAGUUGGCGACGAUCUUCCUCCUUCGACUCCACCUCAUGCGACAAAACAUCUUAAAACGCCGUGCGCAGGGCAUUGUUGUCGGCGAGAAAGCAAGCGAUGAAGGAAUUGAGGCAGAUGAACACAUCGAACAUAGACAUGCUUUUGAUGACUUGACCGAUCGUGAAAACCCGGAUUUCCGCUACGUGUACUAA